AUGAGGGACGAGGUCUUCAAGUCCAACCUGGUCUGUGCCUUCAUCGUCCUCAUCUUCAUCACGUCCAUCCAGAGCCUGCUGCCCUCCGCCAGCUCGGUGACCAUGGCGGUCCAGUUCUCGGCCCUGAUCGUGCUGCACUGCUGCCUCCUGCUGGUCACUACAGCAGAGGACUAUAAGUGUCUCCCGCUGGUGCUGCGGACGGCGUGCUGCUGGGUCAACGAGACGGCGUCCGCUCGCACCGCCAUCGUCUGCCUCUCCAUCCUCAUCAACUUCCUGGCCGCCAUGAUCAACAUCCUGUGGUGUGACUUUGAUAAACCCAACGCGCCGCGAAACCAGACGUACGACAUGUCAGGGGUCGUACUCGACGUCUGCUUCUACCCAGAGUACUCUAUCUUCACGGGGGUCCUCGCCAUGGUAACCUGUGCUGUGUUCUUGCGGCUGAACUCGGUGCUGAAGCUGAGCAUCCUUCUGCUGAUGAUGGGAGUUUACUCUGUUCUCACCGAGGCCUUCUACACCUCCCUGUUCCUACGAUACGACCGGCACCACAACACCCAGAACUUCCUGGGGACCAAAGAGACGUCUCUGCUGCUGAUGGCCAUGUUCCUGCUGGCGGUGUUCUACCAUGGACAGCAGCUGGAGUACACUGCGCGGCUGGACUUCCUGUGGAGGGUUCAGGCCAAAGAGGAGAUAAACGAGAUGAAGGAGCUGAGAGAACACAACGAGAACAUGCUCCGGAACAUUCUGCCCAGUCACGUGGCAAGACACUUCCUGGAGAAGGACCGCGACAACGAGGAGCUGUACUCUCAGUCCUACGAUGCGGUCGGAGUGAUGUUUGCAUCGAUUCCUGGAUUUGCAGAUUUUUAUUCUCAGACGGAGAUGAACAAUCAGGGAGUGGAGUGUCUGCGACUGCUCAACGAGAUCAUUGCAGACUUCGACGAACUGUUGGGCAGGAGGUGGGAGGAGGUGCAGGAGGAGACUGAGUGUGUUGUGUUGCAGCUCUUGGGGCAGGAGGUGGGAGGAGGAGGUGGGAGGAGGUGCAGGAGGAGACUGAGUGUGUUGUGUUGCAGCUCUUGGGGCAGGAGGUGGGAGGAGGUGCAGGAGGAGACUGAGUGUGUUGUGUUGCAGCUGUUGGGCAGGAGGUGGGAGGAGGUGCAGGAGGAGACUGAGUGUGUUGUGUUGCAGCUCUUGGGGCAGGAGGUGGGAGGAGGUGCAGGAGGAAACUGA